AUGGACCGAACCACCGAGCAGUUGCGCUCCAAGCAUGUUCGGACGCUGGAGCUGCUGCAGAAGACGCUGGAUGAGAACGCCGAGAUGAAGAAGACGUUGUCGCAAAAGGCAUUCCCUCUCUCGAUGGGGCAGGGGGUCGACCUCUCCAAGCGCGUCUUGGAGCUUGAAAACGAGAUUGAGCGCCUCCAACGCUCGCCCGCGGUGGCGACCGAUAGCACCACCAAGGUCGCGACCCUCGAGGCCCGCGUGCACGAGCUCGAGGCCGCCAACUACAACCUCGAGUUCAAUCUCAGUGCCACGCAGCGGCUCGUCACCGACGUCACGCGCGAGCGCGACGAGCUCCAAGCGGCGGUGGCAGCCAAUGUCGCCAAGGCCGACGCCCGCAGCAACCAAGAUGCGGACACGAUUGCCAAGGCGCUGGAUGCCCACGCCCAUGCCGAGGGCGAGUGCCUCCGCAUGGCCGACACGAUCGAGAAGCUGACGAAGAGGGAAGGGACAUUUCUAGAGCAGAUUGAAGCCCUUAGAGCGCAAAAGCUGGCAUUUGAGAACGAGCAUGCGGCGCUGUACCGUACCCUUGAGGAAAAAGAGCGCCAGAUGGAUCGCGUCGUGCAGGAGCUGCACGAGGCGCGAGCCGAGAUCAACCAGCUCCGGGAGUCGCCGAAAGUCGACCAAACCCAAAGCAUCAAGGUUGAGGUUACACCGGCGAUCAGCCAAGAGGCGCUGGACAGUGCAAUGCGGCCCACGUUAGCGCGCAACAAGCAGCUCCUGCGCGACAAUCAGCAGCUGCGCGACCACGUCGAGUCGCUGCAGGCGGAGCUCGCGCAGUACCAGAGCCGACUGAGCUCGACAACCACCUUUGCCGCGCACAUCGACCUCAAGAAGGAAAACUAUCUGUUGCGCCAACAGGUGGAAGAGAUGCAAGCGCUGCAGAAGAAGUUCCUCGGCACUGCCAAGAAGCAGACGUUCCAAUUCAACAACCAGCGAGGCGUGUGAUGCUAUUUGCAUGGACGUCGAGAGUAUACCGA